UUCUUCUACGAUCUGAUCGGCCAUUAAAGCUUCUUUUUUUUUUUUCACCCUUCACUAUGAUACCUCUUUUGAAGUGAGAAACCAAAUAAAAAGACGAAACUUUACUGUUUCCUCUGCCUAAUUUAAAACCACAAAUCUCUCUCUUUCUCUUUCUCUUUCUCUUUCACUUCGCUUUCUCUAUUUCCCCUGAAACGGUUCUUGUCUCUCUCUCUCUCUCUCUGUUUCGUCUUCCUCUGUUUUUUUGAAUCCUUUCAAGUUCUUGUCUUAUUAAUAAAGGAUUGAUCUUUCUUCUGAGGGGAUAACAUAACUUCGUCUCCUUCGAUUGAAUUUUGAAGAUGGAGCAAGAGAAAAGCUUGGAUCCACAACUAUGGCAUGCUUGUGCAGGAUCAAUGGUUCAAAUCCCUUCAGUUAACUCAACUGUUUUUUACUUCGCUCAAGGCCACACAGAACACGCUCACGCUCCUCCUGAUUUCCACGCGCCGCGCGUACCUCCUCUCAUCCUCUGCCGCGUCGUCUCCGUCAAGUUCCUCGCCGACUCUGAGACAGACGAAGUUUUCGCCAAAAUCACACUUUUGCCAUUACCUGGAAACAACGACUUGGAUCUAGACAACAACAACGACGCCGUUUUGGGUCUUACUCCUUCUUCUUCUUCUGACGGUAACGCUAACGUUAACGAGAAACCGGCGUCGUUCGCUAAAACGUUAACGCAGUCCGACGCUAACAACGGCGGCGGUUUCUCCGUUCCUCGUUACUGCGCCGAGACUAUUUUCCCUCGGCUUGAUUACACGGCGGAGCCGCCGGUUCAAACCGUGAUUGCUAAAGAUAUCCACGGCGAGACUUGGAAAUUCCGGCAUAUCUACAGAGGUACGCCUCGCCGUCAUCUCUUAACCACCGGCUGGAGCACGUUCGUUAACCAGAAGAAACUAAUCGCCGGCGAUUCCAUCGUUUUCCUCCGUUCUGAAUCCGGCGACCUCUGCGUCGGAAUCCGUCGCGCCAAACGAGGCGGACUCGGAUCUAACGGUUUAGGAUCCGACAGUCCUUACCCCGGAUUCUCCGGUUUCCUCCGUGACGACGAGACAACAACAACAACGACGAAGUUAAUGAUGAUGAAACGCAACGGAGGAAACGACGGAAACGCUGCGUCUGCGGCUGCGGCGACUGCGGGGAGGGUAAGAGUGGAAGCAGUGGCGGAAGCGGUGGCGCGUGCAGCGUGUGGACAAGCGUUUGAGGUUGUUUACUACCCACGCGCUAGCACGCCGGAGUUUUGUGUCAAAGCAGCUGAUGUGAGAUCAGCAAUGAGGAUAAGAUGGUGUAGUGGUAUGCGUUUUAAAAUGGCGUUUGAAACUGAGGAUUCUUCAAGAAUCAGUUGGUUCAUGGGUACUGUCUCAGCUGUUCAAGUCGCUGAUCCCAUUCGCUGGCCUAAUUCACCUUGGCGUCUCCUCCAGGUAGCGUGGGACGAACCUGAUUUGUUACAAAAUGUGAAACGGGUUAGCCCGUGGUUAGUCGAAUUGGUAUCGAACAUGCCUGCGAUCCAUUUAUCUCCUUUCUCGCCGAGGAAGAAGAUUAGGAUUCCGCAGCCGUUCGAGUUCCCAUUCGACGGUACCAAAUUCCCAAUAUUCUCCCCGGGUGGCGAAUCCAUGUGUUAUCUGUCAAACGACAACAACAACAACAACAACAACAACAAUGCUCCUGCAGGGAUACAGGGAGCCAGGCAAGCUCAACAACUCUUCGGAUCACCAUCUCCGUCUUUGUUGUCUGAUCUCAAUCUUAGUAGUUACUCCGGUAACAAGUUACAGUCUACAGCGAUGUUUUUAUCCGGUUUUAACCCGAGGCAUCAUUACGAUAAUUUAGUGUCCCGUCAGGGUAGGGGGGAUACAGAGAAUAGUAAUAAUAUUUCGUGUUCUUUAACUAUGGGGAAUCCUGCUAUGGUUCAUCAGGAUAAGAAGAAGUCUGGUGGUGGUUCGGUUAAGACUCAUCAGUUUUUGUUGUUCGGUCAACCUAUUUUAACCGAACAGCAAGUUAUGAACCGGAAACGGUCUUUGGAAGAAGAGGCGCAAGUGCGAGAGGAGAAAGGUUCGGUGGCUCGUGGGUUAACAUGCAAUUAUGCUUUCCAGGGACUUGAAACGGGUCAUUGUAAAGUUUUCAUGGAAUCUGAGGAUGUUGGACGCACGCUUGAUCUCUCGGUUAUUGGCUCGUACCAAGAAUUGUACCGGAAAUUAGCCGACAUGUUUCGUAUCGAAGAGAGGUCGGAUUUGUUGACUCAUGUUGUGUACCGGGACGCAAAUGGUGUUAUAAAACGCAUUGGAGAUGAACCUUUCAGUGAUUUCAUGAGAGCUACUAAAAGGCUAACGAUCAAGAUGGAUAUUGGUGGCGACAACGUGAGAAAGACGUGGAUAACCGGAAUCAGGAAUGGUGAAAAUGGUAUAGACGCUUCAACAAAGACCGGUCCGCUCAGCAUCUUCGCUUAAAGCAUUGAAGAAGCAGUGGCCUUUGAACCUAAACGAAAUUUUAUUUUCUGUCUUUUUAUUCUCUCUCUUUUUUUUUUUUUUUUCUUUUUUAAAUCCGUUUUGUUGGUCUUUUGUGUGUAACAAACUAUUUCCAAGUUUAAAGAAAUUCCUCUAAUUGGUAUUUGAAUUUAUUUGUUUGGGUUGUAAAAUUGUAGUAUAUGAUAAUCAAAGAACCUGCCAUUACCAUA